UAGAAAUAUGACCACGUAAACAGAUGAUUUGUUGACUUUAUAAAAUUUUAUUAUUGUUUUUAAAAAUGGUGCUAAAACGAACACGGGGUUACCAAGAUAUAGACGGAAUAUCGGCAGGCAAUGUUAAUAGAAACGGAAACGAUGCUGAGAACGUAACUCAAGAAAUUGAAAUGGCUUCUGUGGCAGUUGUCCCCGACGAUACUUUUACGGUAACACAAGCAGUGAAUGCAUUGGGCUUCGGUUGGUUUCAAGUGAAGUUGUCGCUGUGGACAGGCCUAUGUUGGAUGGCUGACAGUAUGGAGAUGACCAUAUUAUCCAUUUUGUCUCCUGCAUUACAUUGUGACUGGCAUUUAUCAAGGUACCAACAAGCUUUAACAACGACAAUAGUUUUUCUGGGAAUGAUGUUGUCAUCUACUUUUUGGGGCAACUUGAGUGACAGAUAUGGCAGGAAACAUGCACUUUCUUUGUGUGCUGUCUUGUUAUUCUAUUAUGGACUUUUAAGUGCAAUUGCGCCUAGUUUCAUGUGGAUUUUACUUCUAAGAGGAUUAGUAGGUUUUGCAAUUGGCUGUACACCUCAAUCAGUGACACUUUAUGCUGAAUUUUUGCCCACAAAACAGAGGGCUAAGUGUGUUGUUUUGCUUGAUUGUUUUUGGGCAUUAGGUGCAUGCUUUGAGGUGGCCAUUGCUUUGAUUGUAAUGCCCACACUAGGUUGGCAAUGGCUCCUGGCAUUGUCCACUGGACCUUUACUGGCAUUUGCUUUAGUGUGUCCUUGGUUACCAGAAUCUGCCAGAUAUCAUGUUGCCAGUGGUCAAACUGACAAGGCUUUGGAAACAUUGGAGAAAAUUGCGAAAGAUAAUGGGAAACCAAUGCUGUUGGGUCGUUUGGUAGUUGAUGAUGCAGCUAUGCCUUCUCCACAUAGAGGAAGAUUCAGAGAUUUACUUAUUCCGUCAUUGAGACGCACAUCACUUCUUCUUUGGUUUAUAUGGAUGGCUUGUGCAUUUUGUUAUUAUGGCUUAGUGUUGAUGACCACAGAAUUAUUCGAAACUUCGGCAAUUUUAUGUUCAGAAAAACCGAUUCCUGGUCAGACAUUAGAUACUUGCGCAGCAGAUUGCCAUCAACUCCAAACAUCUGACUACAUGGAUUUAUUAUGGACCACACUUGCUGAAUUCCCAGGUAUCUUCAUUACCAUAUUCAUAAUAGAAAGAUUUGGAAGAAAGAAAACUAUGGCGGUACAGUUUGUUGCCUAUGCAAUUUGUUGUUGUUUUCUAGUAGUUUGCACUGAGAAACGUGCAUUUUUGACUGUGAUGUUAUUCCUAGCUAGAGGAAUAAUUGCUGGAGUAUUUCAGGCUGCAUACGUUUAUACACCUGAGGUGUAUCCGACCUCACUGAGGGCAGUGGGUGUUGGAUCAUGCAGUGCAAUGGCUAGACUUGGAGCUAUGGUUACACCCUAUGUAGCACAAGUAUUACUUAAGUCAUCAAUUUCAUUCGCAACUUCAAUUUAUACGGGAGCUGCGGUUUUAGCAGCUAUAGCAUGUCUGAUAUUACCUAUAGAGACUAGAGGAAAGGAGUUGACUGAAAACGUUUAUCAGCACAAAGACAAUUCGGAAGCGAAAACGUGAUAUUUCUAUAUGUAAUGCUUCACAGAAUUCAGUAUUUUUUGUGUAGCAUAAACUUUAAAUAGAACAAUAUGCUUUGUAAUUAACUCACAAUUAUUUUUUUGUUUUUAGGUGUUUUUAGUAAUAUUGCAUCUAUUUACAGUUUUAUUGCUUGCACUCACAAUAUAUUAAACCAAAGUACUUAAUUGUAAAUUUACCAUGUUAAUUGUUGAUAUUAUUUAUACAUAUUUUAUUUAUUAAUUUAAUAAUAUGGUGUUGGUUUUAUAUAAGUAUUUAUUUAAAUAAAUAUAUGAAAUAAAAAUUA